AUGAAGAGUAUCAUUCGUGAUAGAGAUAAAGCAGUAACAUAUAAUGUAAAUUGGAAUGCUGAUAACCAACUAAUUGGGUCUAAUGCUGCAAAGUUGGCAAGCUACAUUGGUACACUUGUUCGUAUGCACAUUCCAAUCACUGCUACAAGAUGGAGUAAUAAAGAGUUGGGUAGCGCUAAAGAUAAGAUUUGGACUGAGAUACUGAGGUCUUUUAACAUUGAAGAUACAACUAUCCGAAAAAAGUAUAUACUUCAAUUGGCCGGAAAAAGACACAGAGGGUGGAGAACGUUUUUAACAAACAAGUAUCUUAAAGACAAAGAAAAAAAUUUUGUUGAAUAUGAUCCGGAAUAUCCAGUGAAGUAUGCGAUCUUCAUUACAGAAGAAGAAUGGGUUGCUUUUGUAGCCCAAAGAAGAGACGAAAAUUUCAAGAAAGUGAGUGCCACAAAUCGCGAGAGAGCGUCAAAUCCCACGUAUGCAUACAAAAAAGGUCGUUUGGGAUAUGCACGCUUAGAGGAAAAAAUUUUAGACGAGACGAAAAGUGACGCAACAUCACUUCCGCCACAUGUUUUGUGGAAAGAAGCUCGUGUGGGAAAGGAUGGAACUGUUAGGGAUGACGUUCAACAUAUUUAUGAUGAAUGUGAGACCCUAUCUCAAUCGAUAAGCACAGCUGAGGACCAGGAGAACAGGAGCGUACUUAGUAGAGCACUAAAUGUUCCUGAGUAUCCCGGUCGGGUGAGGGGUAAAGGGCAUGGUUGUACUCCAACUUCCUUGUAUAAGAAUCCAAGGAGAAGAAAUCCUAGCAAUCAAGAAGUGAUGGAGACGUUGCAGGCAUUACAAGCGCAAGUUCUUCAAUUGCAAAAGGAUAAUGAGAGAUAUAGGUGUAUGGAAAAGUGCAGUUCACAGUUGAAAGAAACUAGUGAGAAAGCCAGUAUCAAUUGUCAAAAUAAAUUUCCCGAGGGCAUUUCAUCUUGUCAGCUAUACUUAUCGUCACCGACUUAUCGCCUAGUUGGCAAGGGAAAAGUGCACAACACUUCGGGAGAUUUACUUCACCAUAGACCGCUCCCGGAUGGACACCUUAAAGUAUCGGUUGAUGUUGUAUUAGAUAAGGAUGCGUUGCUACCGAUACCUGACAUUGUUUCAGAGACAACAUUGCUGCGAGAUGCAAUAGGAUCAUUUGUUGCAUGGCCCUUGGAUCUCAUUUUCAUUGAUGAUGAGACGCCUACAAAACCCGCAUCUAAGGAUAAAGGGAUUUUGCGGCACAACGAGUCUGUUGCAUCACAAAAAGAGGUAUUUGCUCAAGGGUCACAACAACUGAGCCAGAAAAUUGGUAGUCGACAGAAAAACAAAAGGGAUCUUCCAGUGACUUCUUUGCCAAAAAAAGGUGCUUUUGUGCCUCGAUACCAGAUAUCUCUUGAAACACUUGUUGACUCAUCAGAUAUGGCAACAGCUGGUGCUAUUCGCUUACUGGAUAUGGAGGAAGAUAUCUUUGGUUAUUCAUGCACUGAAACAAUCGGAAAAGAAGAUCUGGAACAUAUUUUUCGGCAUCAAGAAUUAGGCGUCGGUGUUAUACACACAUACAUCCGGUUCUUGUAUGACAAUUUCAUGCGCGGGAAUGAUCAAUUGUCAAACAGAUUCCGUUUCGUGUCUUCCUCCCUGGUCAACAAAGCAUUAAUUUGUAGGGAACCGGAUUCAUGUAGAGAGUACUUAGUCAAGAGAUUCAUGGCCAGCAGUACAAACAACUUGUAUCUUUGCCCGUAUAAUUCAGGGUGUCACUGGUUGUUGCUUGCUAUUGAUCCUUUAAAAGAAGUGGUAUAUUUUCUGAAUUCGAUAGAUGGUGAAUGGACAAAUUAUCCGGAUAUGAAGCAAUUAGUUGAUACAUCAAUAAAAGUGUUCCGAUCUCAAAGACAAGCUCGAGUACCACGUACUAAAUCCAGCAACAUUACGUGGAUAAAAGUGCAGUGUCCUCUACAGCGCAACGGUAUCGAUUACGGAUACUUUGUAAUGAGGUUUAUGAGGGAAAUCAUUAAUAUGAAUCAAAUAGAGAUUCCAAUCACGGAUUCUUAG